AUGUCCCUCUCGCGAUCACCCUCUCCCCACCCGGGCGGAGGGUGGUCCAGCCCGGGAUUGGCACCCGACAGCGGCUCUUCGACACCGCGCGGAUACUCGCCAGCCACCCUCGCACCCGGAGGCAUCUCGUGGGCCGCAGCCAAAGCCAAGAAUAACAAAGUGCGCGGUUACCCCUCCUUCUCGACGCGCAAUACCGGUUUCUUCUCACGCCAAAAACACCGAAUCUCCGCCCAGUUUCCUGGCUUCCGAGCUCACACGCCACUUGGCUACGCGGAUAAAGAUGCACAUAGACGUCCUGGGAGGUUUGGAGGGCGUGGCCCGCGGGCGGUACUCCGCAGGUUAAUGCGCCGGACUCGGUUCCGAGUGCUGCUGUGGUUUCUACUCGUCUGUAUCGGAUAUCUGCUUCUGUGGUCGAGUCUUGUCCACUUGUACCGUCGAUCGCUGGGCGGAGGGCGCAGAUUCGUGAUCAUCAUCGGAUCGAACGUGGAGGGUGGUGUGAUGGAGUGGAAGGGCGCGCGCGAGUGGGCCAUCGAGCGCAAUAGCAUUUGGAACAAGGAGAAGUACGCCGAGAGAUGGGGAUACGAGCUAGAAGUGGCCAACAUGCUGGCCAAGAAGCGGUAUUCACACGAGUGGCGCGAGAACUGGGAGAAGGGCGACGUGCUCCGCGAGGCAAUGCGUAAAUAUCCGCAGGCGGAGUGGUUCUGGUGGCUUGAUUUGAACACCUGGAUCAUGGAGUACGGGAAAUCGCUGCAGCACCAUAUUUUCAACGACCUGAAGUCGAUAGUUUAUCGCGACAUCAACAUCUACAACCCGCUCAAUAUCACACACCCGCUACCAGAGUUCUACCUGGAUGACCUCGGACGCUCCCUCGAGGGUGACGGCGGCCUGGAUUCAUUGAAUAUGCUUCUCACACAAGACUGCUCGGGAUUCAAUCUCGGCUCGUUCUUCGUGCGGCGAUCCCUCUGGACUGACCGAAUGCUGGACGCUUGGUGGGACCCGGUCAUGUACGAGCAGAAGCACAUGGACUGGGAGCACAAGGAACAAGACGCGCUCGAAUACAUAUACCAAAACCAACCGUGGGUGCGCAGCAGCGUGGGAUUUCUGCCUCAGCGCAGCAUCAACGCAUUUCCACCAGGCGCAUGCGGCGAGGCCGAUGAACAGGUGGUACGCUACCAGGAAAGCGCGCACGACCUGGUUGUCAACAUGGCCGGCUGCAUAUUCGGCCGCGACUGCUGGGCCGAGAUGUACAACUACCGUGAGCUAAGCAAGCGACUUAACCGGACUCGGUGGGAGAGGGCCAAGGACGCACUCCGCGCGGUCUAUGACCGGGCACGAGGCCAGACUGCGACGCAGGACUCUCCCUCGAAACGAGUUCCAUGA